GCUCGCACAUGCGCAGUCGCUCUCGUGUCGGUGAGUGGUGAAGAUGGCGUGCUCCGCGGCUCGCAGCUCCGCGCGCUGGAUCGCGACUGCGGCGCUGUCCUCCGGUCACAGACGGGCGUGCUCUUCUCUCCUGUCCAGCGCGGGUGAAGCCCGCAGGAGCCUCUCGACGCUGUCGGGCCGCCGGGUGUGGACUGCGGUGACGCUGAGAGGCACGACAGCGGUGAGCCCUUCUUCUCGUGUCGUCUGUAAGAUGUCCUUCCACACCGGCUGUCCUGCCAGAAAACAGGAUUUCUACCAGAUCCUGGGAGUCCCACGCACAGCCACGCAGAAGGAGAUUAAGAAAGCUUAUUACCAGAUGGCAAAGAAGUAUCAUCCCGACACUAACAAAGACGACCCUCAGGCGAAGGAGAAGUUUGCACAGCUAGCUGAGGCCUAUGAGGUUGGGGUGUGCAAUAUGACGAUUUUUGAUCGUAGACGAUAAAAAUUGUUUUGUGACACGUACGGCUCUGCUGGGUUUGACGCGGGUCAGGCCGGCGCGGGACAUCAGCAGUACUGGAGCGGAGGGAGCAGCAUCGACCCCGAGGAGCUGUUCCGCAAGAUCUUUGGCGAGUUUUCUGGAGCUCGAGGCUUUGGGGAUUUCAACGCCAUCUUCGAUCAGCCUCAAGAGUAUGUGAUGGAGCUCACGUUCGCUCAGGCUGCCAAAGGAGUGAAUAAAGAGAUGACGGUCCACAUCGAGGACACGUGUCAGCGCUGCGGCGGCAGAGGCCAUGAGCCCGGGUCCAAAGUCCAGCACUGCGGCAGCUGCAACGGGACGGGCAUGGAGACAGUGAACACGGGGCCCUUCGUGAUGCGCUCCACCUGCCGGCGCUGUGGCGGGAGGGGCUCGGUCAUCACCUCGCCCUGUACGGCGUGCCGGGGGACCGGACAGACCAAACAGAGGAGGAACGUCACGGUGCCUGUUCCUGCUGGAAUCGAGGAUGGGCAGACGGUGCGAAUGCCUGUGGGGAAGAAAGAGAUCUUCAUCACGUUCAGAGUCCAGAAGAGUCCAAUCUUCAGGAGAGACGGUGCUGACAUCCACUCUGAUGUCAUGAUCUCUGUGGCUCAGGCCAUACUGGGCGGCACGGUCAGAGCACAAGGACUCUACGAGAACAUCAAUCUCUCGAUCCCAUCUGGGAUCCAGGCGGAUCACAGGAUCCGGCUCUCUGGUAAAGGUAUUCCACGGGUCAGCGGCUACGGUUAUGGUGACCACUACGUCCACGUCAAGAUCAAAAUCCCAAAGAUGUUGACAGACCGGCAGCGAGCCCUCAUGACGAGUUACGCGGAGGACGAGACCGAUGUGGAGGGAACAGUCAAUGGAGUGACCAGCACCACCGCAGGUAAAAGAUCCACUGGAAACUGAGACUUUAGUGGAGAUUCAGAUUCACAGUAAAGCUGAUGGACACAGAAGAGACGGAAGCGAGUCUUCUGCUGUGGACACACGCCGCAUUGAGUUCAUCUCCAACGCUCCUCAGAAACUACAAAUAAUGAAGAGAAGAUCCCUCCAGAUCCCAGAGGAAUAUGAACUACGCACAUGCACCCGUCUUCACCUGAAACAUUGUGACAUCAGCCUCAGCGCCAACAUGAACUAUAGAUCUCGUCUUUGGUCUGUGAUUUUAGGUUAAGGUUUUACAUGGUCAGGUCUUUCCUUAUCUGAUGUUUUGAAGCGAUUCACAGACGGAUGGGAAAUCUUUACUUCAGUAUCAAUAAUAAUGAAGGCCGAUGUUCAAGAUCUUUGUUUGCGCUGCCACCUCACUGAACGUUACAUCCUUCUUGAUUAGCAGUGUACAUGGACAGCUGUUGAUAUUAAAAUCAUUUUAAUGUGUUGUUGUAGAGAUAAAUAUGCAAUAAUGAAUAAAAUCUCUUGUGUGACAACUGUAAA